UGUUCUUUCGCUCCGCACUGCUGCACUGGUGCAACAAGUUAGAGUGAGACAAAUAUAUAUUUGUUUCACUCUAACUUAUUGCAGCAGUGCAGAGCGAAAGAACAGAUCUUUUUCUGUCUCUGUGUUUCGUGUGAUCUUGCAUCUUGGUUUUUGUCAUUAUGGGUAUCGAUAUCACUCAUAAGCACGAUAGAAAAGUGCGACGAACGGAGCCCAAAUCUCAAGAUGUAUACCUACGUUUGUUGGUUAAGCUUUACAGAUUUUUGGCCAGAAGAACAAACUCCAAGUUCAAUAGGAUAGUAUUGAAAAGACUAUUUAUGAGCAAAGUAAACAAGCCACCGAUUUCUGUUGCACGUGUUAUACGACACAUGAACAAACCAAGUCGUGAUAACUGCAUAGCGGUUGUUAUUGGUACAAUCACGGAUGAUUCCAGGAUCUUUGAAGUUCCAAAACUGACGGUGUGUGCAUUACGCGUAACCGAGAAAGCUAGGGGUCGCAUUCUGAAAGCUGGGGGUGAGGUGAUAACGUUCGAUCAGCUGGCGUUACGCGCACCAACCGGCAAACGCACGAUACUGAUACAAGGACCUCGAAAGGCUCGCGAGGCGCAAAAGCACUUUGGACCAGCACCUGGCGUGCCGCAUUCGCAUGCGAAACCGUUGGUGCGAUCAAAGGGCCGAAAGUUCGAACGGGCGAGAGGCCGCAGGCGCGGUUGCGGUUACAAGAAAUAAGAUUAAAUCGAACGUCUUGUCUCGUAAACGUAAUUUCUCUAGACAUCCUUCAUCUUGUGAAUGAUCAUGCAAUAAGACAAUUACGAGAUUAAGA